AUGAAGUACAUCAACCAUCUUUGUUCUUUCCUCGCUGUUGCUCGGCUAGUCUCGGCUGCCCCAACAGCUUCGAGUGAGCUACCUGCUGUUCCUGAAGUUGACGAUAUUGCAAACCAAAUGAUCCUCUACGAGGGGGAUGAAGAUGAGCUUCUGGGUCGCAGUCUAGCGAACCCUCUCGAGCCGCGUAUGGUCUGUCGGAGAAUGGGAAGGGUCAUCAUGAGAAUUGGUACCAGUGCUGCUGUCGCCGCAUUCGUCCAUGUCGGAACUGAUUACGCUUCGUAUGUCUGCGAACAAGAAAAUGCAGCCGAAUGUGUUAAGUAUGUUGGCUAUGUUCAGCACGGUUUGGACGGCCUUUUUGUCGUGUUGGGCUUUGUCAGUGGUGCAAUUGGCCUCAACAACAACAAUUAUCAGCAGUCUUUUGAUAGUCCCGCGAAGCGAGAUAUUGCCGAAUCUUCGAUGCCUGACUGGAAUCUUCUCGAUCAGGUCCUUCGCAACGAUGGUGGCUGGACGUAUGAUUCAAUGGAUACAGUCGACCUAGCCAACAUCACUAUAAACAAGCGAGACAGCGAUCCAAACCUUGUCCAUCGCACCAUUGCCCGCAACGUGGAAAUUGAUGAGGAGGGCAACACUUCUGACUUCGGCUUCAGCUUCUAUGAUAACGGUGACGUGAACAUGCAGAUUGGUGGUGACUCUGGAAGUCUUCCUUCUGGCAAUGAAGGGGGCUCUGAUCUGAACAAGCGCUUCAACGGGGCUGGUUUUAAGAUCUCAGCUACCACCCGUGUUCGCUCCAGGUUGACACGUGCUCAUCAGACCAAAAUGGCCUAUUUUAUGGCUCAGGACUGGGCAAGUGACGCGAACAGCAUGAAGAUGUCUGAUUACAUCGGACUGGUCAAAACCGAUCACCAGGCCAACUUCUACUUCCGUAUCAUUCCUGAGACCAAGGGUUUCGGCCUCAACUACGAGAGUGUCAACGUUUGCGGUCAGCUGGCCCAAUUUCUAUAA